AAGUAAGAAAAUAAAUUGUUUUCGAAGAGGAAAAGUUUUUGUUCCGGUUAAUGGUUGGAUUAAUCCAAAUCGAACCGGCUCAAACCAAACAUCUAAAGGAGAUUUCACACCAAGUUGGGCGAUCAAAUAUUAAUAGUAAAUAAGAUUUGAACCCAAAAAAAAAAGGAAAUCAGGCUUUGGACCACUUGGGCUAGACACGGAGUCCACAAGACAGAAAAAAAGAAAAAGAAAAAAGGAAGACAGUUUUAAAACCUUAAACAGCUUCGUUCUCGCCCUCUCUCAAACCCCUCCCUAGGGUUAUUGCAAUUCUUCUCGACUUCUCCAUGGAAUUACCCGGUUCCCUCUUCGGUAGCCUGAAACCUCCCGUCUCCGGAGCCUCCGGAGGACUAAUAAGAGCCAUUUUUCAGAACCUACGACGCAGUUGGUAUGUCGACGUUGAGGGAUUCGACACUUCGCUUUCUGCGGAUGAGAUCAAGGAGGCGUUAAUGAAUCAUUUCAAGUCAUGUGGAGCAAUCGCUAGAGUGUUUCUUAACACAAACCCUGAAACCAAUGUCGUCGACAGUUGGUAUGUUCACGUUGAGAGAUUCGACAAUUCUCUUCCCUUGGAUGAGAUCAAGGAGGCGUUGAACAAUCAUUUCAAGUCAUGUGGAGUAACCGCUAGAGUGUUUCUUAACACAAAUCCUGAAACCAAUGUUGUCGACAGCCAUGCUUCUAUUGCCAUUAUGGGAGAUGACGUUGAUGAGAAGGUGAAGGAACUUGAUCGAAGUGAAUUGGGAGGAAGGAAACUAAUUGUUAAGCCCGCCCAGCUGGCUCCGAAAGUGAUUAUAAGGGAUGUUCCUUUUGCCUAGGCACAUAAAUUUGGAGGGUAGCUAAAGCUCUCUUUGGUGUUUAAUUUAGAUCGUGAUACAAUAUGCAACCCUCUCGGUGUGUGUGUUUUUAAUUACUUGUUGGGUCUUUCUUAUGAAUUGUGAUACAGUGCCAACCCUUUUGGGUCUUUCUUUAUUAUGUAUUUGCCAAGUAAGCUCCA